UUGUGAGGGAACGGGCAGUGACCCGGACCGCCGCUUCGCUACAAACGGGAAGCGGCUCGUGUCAGUUUGGACUGUUUCAGGUGUGAAUUCAGCGGUUCCUUUCUGGAAUGUUUGUUCGCAAACAUUUGGCUUUUUUUUUUAAUGACGCACAGAGAGGUCUGAUUCGUGCGUAAAGCUGCAAAACCAACGUGCCCCCCCCCAAAAAAAGAGAAGAAAACUGAUUUACAGGCGACACUGCGUGUUAAAACUUCCCAGACUUCACUUCGGUGGCGUUUUCACUCCAGUGCACGUGUUUCCUGCUGGAGAUGUCGGCCAGGUGAGCUGCUGUUCGCCAGGGCUGGAUGAGAUGUGACCAUGGCCUUUACGCACCGGCUCGCUCUGCUCCUGCUCGGCUUCAGCUCCAUCCUCACGGUUAAUGGAAAGUUUCCUAGCUGCCAGUUCCAUUGGGAGAUGCAGAGAGCCAGGAGAGAGUGUCAGACGCAACUGCAGCAACCGACUCCUGCUAGCAUAGGAUGUCACGGCGAGUGGGACAAUUUAUCCUGUUGGCAGAGUGCAACGGUCGGCAGUGUGAUAACCCGCCCCUGCCCCCUCUCCCUCCUGCACCUGUUUGGAAAAAAUGGUAACCUCAGCAGGAACUGCACAGAGACCGGUUGGUCUGACGUCUACCCCGCCAUCACCGUCGCCUGCUGGUCCAACAACACGGGUGAACCCAGCGAGCUGGUCUUCUACAAGAUAGUGAGGAUCCUGUCCACUCUGGGCCACAGCCUGUCCCUCAUCACUCUGCUCACCAGCACCAUCAUCAUCUGUUUGUUCAGGAAGCUCCACUGCACGAGGAACUACAUCCAUGUGAACUUGUUUUUGUCGUUCAUGCUUCGAGCUGUGUCCGUGCUGAUCAAAGACGCGCUGCUCUUCUCAGGCGACCAAAACACCGACUGCAGCACGCAACCCUCGCUGGUGGGCUGCAAGGCCAGCCUGGUGUUCUUCAACUACUUCGUCAUGGCCAACUUCUUCUGGCUGCUGGUGGAGGGUCUGUACCUGCACACGCUGCUGCUCGUCAUCCACAGCUACUCCACCCGCCUCUCCAUGUACAUGCUCAUCGGCUGGGGAAUCCCUUUAGUUUUCAUGAUAGCGUGGAUCAUAUGCAGGGUACAACUGGAGGACACGAGGUGUUGGGAGUUGAAUGACAACCCUGUCCCCAACAGACUGAUGAACUGGCCCAUCAUGGCUUCUGUCAUUAUCAACUUCCUCCUGUUCAUCAGCAUCAUCCGCAUCCUGGUGCAGAAGCUGCGCUGCACUGACGUCGGAGGAAAUGAGCAGUCGCAAUACAAACGUCUGGCGAAGUCCACCCUCCUGCUGAUCCCUCUGUUUGGGGUGAACUACGUGGUGUUAGUCUACCUGAUGGAGCCCACUGACAGAGACAUGCAGCGUGUAAAGAUCGUCUUUGAACUCGGCCUCGGCUCCUUCCAGGGUCUAAUUGUGGCUGUCCUCUAUUGUUUCCUCAACAGCGAGGUCCAGAGCGAGCUGAGGAGGACGUGGAGGAGUUUAUCACUCAAGCGUUACGUGGGGCGGGACUACAGGCUGCACGCCAUGUCUGUCAGCCGCAACGGCAACGAAAGCUCUCAGUUCCCCAGGAACUCCCGAGCUCAGUCCAUCCUGCAGACUGAGACCACCGUGAUCUGACCGGGGGGGGGGAGACGUUCAGAACUGAUGCCCACAUUUUAGGCAGAUACAGUCAAGGGUCAAAGUCUCACUGAAGGACACUUUGUUUGCUCACAUAUUGUUUGCUCCUGCUGCGAUUGAACCUGUGACCUGCAGACGUUUCUGAGGACUUCUUGUUGGACCGUGACACCCCCCCCCCUCCCAACAAAAAGGUAC